UGCUAGACAUCCCUCUGGCGUUGAAUUGAUUUUUGGCAUGUUCAUUAUGCUUUUUGUUAGGAAAAUUUUGUCGAUUUUUAUACGCGAAUGGUCAAAUAUGUGACUACCGCACUGAGUGUUUAUUUCGCUAUAUAGGAAAAGCAUUCCUUGUUUUAUCGCGUGGACCUACAUAGUGUAUUGAUUAGUUGUGUUGGAUAGAGGACGAGUCGGUGUGUUUACUGCUCGCUUGUGUGCGGCAGUCUACUCCAAGCGAUAGAAAUUCUUUGAAGCUAUCGUGGAUUUUCCACUGCGUGACCAACUAGGUGGGAUGUUUUGACUAUCGCGCUGAUUGUCAACGGGUUUCGCGUAACCUGCAGCCGAGUUUAUCGAAAGGGACUCGGAGUCGAAACCUCCAGCGUGAAAGAAAUGGCGAAAAAUACGAACAAAGAGAUCUUUCGUUACGAACAGGAAAAGAGCAGCUUCAUUGAGGCUUUACGAAACUUUCAUUACAAUAGAGGGACAAGCUUUCAUCACACACCAAGAUGUGGGAACAAAGAUGUUGAUCUGUACCAGUUGUAUCAGAGGGUCACAUCCAAUGGUGGUUGGAAGAAGGUGACAGAAGAGAAGCUAUGGGGAGAAGUUCUGGCCGAUCUUAAGCUUCCGCAGGCUUGUAUUAAUGCUGACCAGGCGCUGAAACAUAUAUACAUCAGAUAUCUGAACAUCUAUGAACAAAUCAACUUCCUUGGAGAGGACCCUAAACUAGUGGACGCUCGCAGGGACGACGAGGGUCCAAUACGGAAGAAGCAUUGUGGGCCGCAGUAUAACGUCCCCCUUUCAUACAACUACGGCCAGCAUGAUGUUGCAGUAAACCUAAGGGAAGGAUUUGGGCUGUGCACAACAUAUGCCAAGUUCAGUGACUACGAGAAGUUGGAGAAAUCUCUGGUAUCAGGCCUUCCAAACGAGGUGGAUUUUGUUAUCAACGUUUGUACGCUGCUGUCGAACGAGAGCAAACAUACUCUUCGCCUCGACCGAUGUAGUAACCUUACUGGCCUGCUGCUAGCUCAUAUUGGAAUCUUCAAUGAUGGAGUUGGAUCGCUGGAGAAGCUGUAUGAAAACUGCUGGAGAAAAAAUACUGACAGAGACUUCAUUAGGUUCUGGUUUGACACAGUGAAAGACGCAGAUGCCCGGGAGCGCAUUUCAUUUACACGGGAAGAUAAACGGUCAUUGUGUGGUUCGGAGGUUCUACAGUUGGGGCGUAACCUUGGGGUGGAGGAUAAGGAGGGCAUGCGUGUCACUCAGGUUGCCAUCAUCAUUAGAAACCUGUCCUUUGAUGCCAUCAACAUGAAAGUGCUCGCCAAUGACGAUCUUGUAUUCAGGUUUUUGUCACUGUGUAUCAACUGUGAGUAUGGAUCACUUCGGCAGCUCGCGCUGGACACCGUUGGCAACCUGUCUGGCCAGUUUGUUCUUGAACCAUCGGACUCGUUCAAAUCAGAAACCAUCCUAGAUCUCAUCAUCAAGUGUAUCACAUCAGAGGACAAGUUUGCUGUUGUUACAGGCCUUGAGAUGGUGAGCAAGUUGUCUCAGACGGAAGACAACGAGUAUGUGAUCUCGGAGAAGCUUGACGUAAGCCUGUAUGAGGAGAUCAGCAAGUACCUGACGAUAGCGGACAUCCAGCUGAUUGUGUACAGCCUGGAGGCUCUCUACCAGCUCUCGGAGAUAGGCGAGGAGACAAACAGCAAGAUUGCAGAGACAUCCAAUACAGUUGAGACACUGGUAUCCCUGAUCACUGUGGAGGCCCAGUCAUACGGCCCUAACUCCCUGGUGGGGAUAAAGGUUGUAGAGUACUGCCCUCCUCCUCAUGUCAGUGGAGCUGUGGAAGGGGCCACGGGUGCAGUGGGAGCCUCAGGACAGCCACCUGGGCAGGCAACACCACAGAAAAAGACGGAUGAGAAGGGUGCUCCUCCGGAACCGCCUGUCCCACCUUCUCCCAUAGAGAUAACUACAUGUAACUGGUUACAGGCCACCUACGAGGCUAAAGGUCCCACUGAGGUUGUGAGUCACCUAGGUCUGUACACAGACUAUUUGGCCUUCUGUAGCAAGUUUCAACUUACUCAGCCACUGUCCUCCAACGAGUUCCUGAAAACCAUACAAAUGGUGUAUCCUCGGAGUGCCAGCGCUGUUGUGAAGAAACCAGAUGGGGGUGAAGAAAUGGGGAUACAUGGGCUGAAGAAACGCCCUGCACAGUUGCCCUUUUCUAUAGCAACUGCAGCGCCUGUGCCUGCCACCCCAAGUAGCAUAGCACCCUCUAGUAUCCGACACCCAGGGGCCCCCAUCAGCUCUCCAGCCCUCGCCCGCAGGCUUGCCGGCCCAGCCAUGAGGCCCAUGACCCCUGUCAACACAGUCAUGCUCCCGAUUACGGCUGCAACAAAAAAUACUCCCAUCUUUUCUCCAGGUUCUUCAUCAUCACAGCAAUCUCAAGCCCAGAGCCAAAUGCAGGCACAGACCAGCAUCCCUGCUUCCAUAACUGCAGUGGCAGGUGCACAGCCUAUUGUUGUCUCCCAGCAGGUUGCUGGGACAACAGUUGCCAUGGCGACCAUGUCUAGUGGUCAGGUGCUGCAGGUCAGCACUACAGCACCAUUCACAAAUAUGGCCUCACAGCAAGUGUUCACCUCGGGAACGGUCACCAUACCCCAGGCAACAAUGUCAUCGGUUAUACCCAUCCAACAACAGACUCAGCCUCUUGCAGUUGCUGCACAGGGCUUUGCUAAUGACCCAUUGCCUCCACCAACUAAUACCAUUAAUUCUAAAACCAAAACUGCAAUGAAGCGAAAAAUUGGUGCCAAGAAGAAUGCACAAGUAUUGCCUAAGGCUGAACCAGGUCCAAAUAACUUGCCAGCAAUUGUACCGAAGGUGUUGCCCACUCAAACAAGCCAGCAGAUUAAUCUAGCUCAACCACAGUUGCUUGCAAAUCAGCAAAUAAUCACACAGGAUGGUGUAGUAUACCAAGCAGUUCAGGACCAACAAAACCCAGACAAUAAAGUGUUUGUGAAAGCAUUACUGACACCAAAAAUCCACCGGGGCAAUGUCAUUAUUCAACAACCUGUACAAGGUGUAAUGAACAUUCAGAACUUGGACUUUGGUGCUAGUGGGGAUGGCCAGACUGUUCAGUUUCAAACCAGUUUUCCUCAAGCUUUUCCCCAACAGACCACCUACAUUCAGUAUGCGAGCCCCGCUAGCUCCACGCAGACCAUCAUACAACCAUCUCAACCAGCAUCCAAUGUUCAGACGUACAUUGUACAGCCCAAUGGGGAAAUGUACAUGCAAGGUCAGACACCAGCUACUGCAAUGGCCACACAAAUGGUUGUUACCCCAGGUCAGCCACAAAUCAUUGGUCAGCAGUCGAUAAUGGUUCCCCAACAGCAAAUCAUGGUUUCCCAACAGCCUGGUAUUCCACAACAGCAAAUGUUUAUGUCGCAGCAUCAGAUUAUAGGUCAGUCCCAAAUGAUUCAGCAGCCACAGAUUGUACCAACAUCUCAGUUCAUCUCUCAGCAUCAGACUGUUGUUUCUGGGCAGCAAAUCAUGGUACAGGCGCAACCAUCUCAACCUUCAUUACAAGCCACAUCUAACCUGUCAUUAUCCCAUUCUACAUCAUUGUCAUCUUCAGUUUCAUCUGUUACAUCAUCUACAGCAACGCUAGACACAUCAUCAUCAAUGUCAUUAAUGAAAAGUAAUUCUACAGACUCUAACACAAGUGCUAGUCAGAAUGUAUUGCAUUCCAAUGUGGAUAAAUCCUCAAGUGACACUUCAAACCAAAUGGAUAACUUUCAAAGUGAUAUAGGGCAAGUAAGAACUGACACAAGUGCAAGGACUGAUGGAUCAGAACCACUAAAUCCGUCCAAUAGUGUAUCAAACUCUAAUAUCUCUGCUAGUGUGCCUGAUAGCUCUGUUGAACAAAUAAAUAAUAAUGUCGGACGUAGAGCAAAUGUAGCAGAAAUAGAAUCAGCUGUUGGUUCAAUUAUGGAAGAUUCAAAUGACUCUCAGGAUAAUGCGCCGGUCAUGAUUGAGAAUGAUGGUAAUGAGUUAAUGUUUGAACAACAAAACUAUCACAUGUGUGCAGACUCCGGAGCUUCAACUGCGGAAGUGUUUGCAGGAGAUGCAGAGGCAGCAAUGGCAGUUGAACAACUAGAACACAUGGAUGAUCAAACAGAACAGGUGGAGCAAAAUGCUGGCGUUGUGAUUAUAAGUAAUGAAAAUGGUGAUGGUGAAGAUAUGGAUGGUAUUGAUAGUGCUGUGAUUCCUGAUGAUGGGAUAGUAAAUGAGAAUGCUUUGCCAAAUGGCGAUGUAGAAAUGUGUGAUGGUAGGUAUAAAGAAGGUAGUGUUGAGAAGGAGGCCGUGGUAUCUGAUGAAGAGUUGAUAGCUAAGUUCAGAGCAGAGACUCCUAUAAAUGUUCCCAUAGUGUCAGAAAAUGGGUUAUAUGAACAGGAUUUUGAGGCUAGACUGGCAGUUGAAGGUUUAUUAAAAGAUGUUUGUGUAGAGUUCAAUGUGAAUGACGAAGACAAUGGUGGAGUUAAUGUUGUAUACUCAAACCCGGAUAGUGCACCAGAUUCAGUAAAAACUGCCAGUUCAAAACAAGAAGGGGAGACUGCUGUUGCUGACGAAAGUAAUGGUGGUGACAUUGAAUCUCAGACCAAUGGUGAACCUACUGUUGAAACAGCUAAAAAAAAUACUGCCCAAAAGUCGGCAAACUCAGUGGACCAUUCUAAAGUUAAUGGCAUAGACUCCAACAGUGGCAAACAUCUCAUGAACGGAGAUUUAAGUUCACCGGAGUGUCAAUCUGUGCCCUCUCCUACUGGGGUAGUAAACGGGGGAGAGAAACUAGUCAAUGGCAUUACUGAUGAAAAGACUGUCGAUAAAAUGAUGAAAAUGAACGGUGUUGUGAAUCAUAAGAUCUCAAAUUCAGUGCAAGAAUCAAAAGACACUAUUGUUUGUGAAAAUACUGAUACAGAAAGUGGUAAGCUGAAGAUGGAUGAUAUUCUUGCACAGAGUUUAGAAGAAAGUCAUAUUGUUAAGUCUGAUGAGGAUUCUAACUUUGGUAAAAUUGAAGAGAAACCUGCUUCAGACGAUGGUGAUAUAUUGGCGAGAAGUAUUUUAGAAAAUGGAAUAGAUUUCGGUGACUGUGAAAUGGGUGAACCGGAACCAACUGGUGUUGCCACAGUAGUUAAGCAAAUGAUUCCAACCACAAUGUAUGGCAAUAUCACAGUACAGUUUAGCAACAAUACCAUACCGAUCACUUUCUCUAGCAAUGCCAUCAUUACAUCAAAAGCCAACCAGAUAAACGUGUGCAGCUCUCGUCACAUACCUACCCCAGAGAGCGCGAGGGAUGGUGAACUCAGUUGUGACAGUACAUCAUCCUCUAUUGCUACAACCGAACUCAGUGUCAGUGUUAGUGACAAACAUUCCAACAGCAAGAUCGCCCAGUCUAAGGCUGGCCACAAGGAAACCAAGAAAUCUCAGGCUAGUCCAAAAGGUGGGGAGACGAAGAAGAAGUCAUCUUCCAAGAAACGCAGUCGAAGCAAAUCUGGAGGCAGCGCGAGCUCAGAUUCCCGACCCAAUUCCACUGCAUCUCCUGGUGUGGCUGCAGCGCCGCUCCCUGAGUACUUGUGUGAAUGGGCUGGCUGUCGGAAGUGUUUUGACAAUGGCAAGAAAGUGUUCAAUCAUGUCUGCAAUGUCCAUCUUCGUACGGAGUAUGAUGGCUUGUGCAAGUGGGAGGGGUGUGAGUCUCUUGUCCGUAAACGCUGGUCACUCUUCACUCAUGUACAGGACCAUCAUUGCUCUGAGAGUUCCCUGAAGGUUGCUGCCCAGCGGAGACUUCAGUCAUUUCAAACGGGUCAGAAGAUAUCUGCCCCCACCAUACCUGCCAUGGUCUAUCCGAAGGACGCAGCCAACCAGGCAAUAAAGCGCUUCCUGCCUAAACCACCAUAUCCAGAAUUCACUGAGGGACGAGAGGGUCCAGUAACAAAGCAUAUCCGUCUCACCUCAGCUCUCAUCCUGCGUAACCUGGCAAGAUACUCACAAGAAGGCAGAAGUUUGCUCAAGAAGUAUGAGAGAGUGCUCAGUUACGGCUGUAUGAGCGCCCUGGAGUCCUCAACCGCCCUCGCCAGCUGCCUGUCAGAGCUACAACAGUAUAAAUAAAUGCCCAGCGAUAAUCUUCAAAUGAUAAUUUUCAAAUGCCCGGUCUUUCGAUGUUCCAGCAGUAUAAAUAAAAGUCCAGUAGGAUUGUUAUUAAAGAUUCAUUAUACAAUCAGAUGGCAGACCAUGGUCAGUUCUUAAUUUUACCAGCAUAAAUAUUGAGUUUUAUUCAGUAUAAUGUUUAUACAAUAUAAAUAACUAGUUUUUCUUGUGGAUGAGAUCGAUUUAACAAAACUGUCAUGACCUUCCACAGAGAACUUGCAGCCAUUACAGCCUCUUAACGUGUACUACUGAAAUAUGAUGUUAUAUGAAGACUAUUUUGGUAUAUGUUUGUUUCUUACAUUGUUGUUUGACAAAUUCACACAGAUAUCAGUGCUGACAUUGUUCAUUGUUCUUUUUUACUCUGUAUUGUUACACCUAAAGUGUUCAGUGGUAGGUCUGUGACUCUCUCAUCACAUUUUUAGCUUGUCUGCUUUUUAAAGAAAAGUCGCGGUAUUGUCAUAGCCUUUGUGUCAAUCUGUUGUUCACAUUGUGCAAAAACCUUAGGCAUUUCUGGAUAAACGUAAAAAACCUUAGGCAUUUCUGGAUAAACGUUGACGAUGUUCAAAUGAUACUUUGAACACAUAUUGCCAGAGUCUGGGAGACAAUACUCACAUUUAUAGCAAGGCCCAUAACUCUGACUUUAAUAAUUGUUGAGUUAUUCCCCUUGAAUGAUUGAAAAAUUAGGCGGGCGUAGAGUUUGCUCCAUAGCACUCUUGUGUUGACUUUCUGAAACCUGUACUUUACGCUUGAUGUAUAUUUGUGUACAUUUCAUCAUAAUUUAUUAUUGCUUAUUGUUUUUCUUGUACAGAAUCUUUAUGAAAUGAUUGAGAAUGAGAUAUUUCUAGGGUAUUUAAGUCUACAUGGUCAUAUCGUUAUUUCUCAAAACAAGUAAGUUGCAGUUAUCGAUGAAAUACUGUCAGAAAGUUGUUUCAUCAUUUGUGUUUUAUCGGCCUAUGUUGUGUAUUUUAUAGUGCCAUGUAUACUUAAACACCAAAUGGUUUGUCAUUGAUGCAUUGUGUUUUAAAUUCAGUUUAUGAAAAUAUGUCUCACAGACGUCGGAUGACAGUAUAUUGCAUUUAUCAUGAAGUUACAUACGUCACUUGAAUCAUCAUUACUUUCAUUAUAUGUGCUGGGUGCCACUGUCUUGUGAAUAUCUAUUUUUGCAGUAUCGAUGUAAAUGUUGUUGUGUAUGAAAUAAGUAUAUCUUAUAUAUUUAUCUAUUGAUGAUUAAAAUGCCUUGUCCCUGUUUUAAUGAGCCAUGAAUCAUAUUUUUUGUUAAAUGAAAUAAGUUAAACACAGAUUUAUUUUACGGAAGCCGAAACAUAGCAAUGGAGAUAUUGUGGCAUUAUAUUUCUGAUUUAUAUUUUUAAUUUAAUUCUGAAUUGGUUUUAUGCUUGACUGUAUUAUUAAAUGAAAUGAAUGCUUGGGUGAUUACGGAUUAUUCGUUAGUAGUUUGUUGGAAUAUUAAAGAUUAAAAGCAGCAUAACAAAUUGUUAAUAAGCAUAACAGUAACAAGGCUGUGCAAUACUUGUUCUGUGGCAUUUGUGCAAUCUUGAAGUCAUUAUAUAACUUGAGAGUAAAGAUGGGAAAUUUUUAACAGAUAAUUAAUAAUAUCGCUGACUUGAUUGAAUCUAGCGUUGUUUAUUUUUAUUCUUUUGAAUUGUCAUUGUAUGUAAUUUCUUUGAUUAUUUGAUGUUGAAAUUUCUAUUUUGCGUAUAUUAUCACUCCUGUGAUAUCAUUGUUUACAUUUAUGAAGUAUUCCUUUUUGCCAUGCGAUGUUUCAUUUUUUAUAUACAUAUAAUAUGUUCUUGAAUUAAAUCUGAGAGGUUACAACUUGACAAUUUAAAGAAACAACCCCAUUGCUUUGACCACAUAAUUAUAUGAUUGUUUGUUAUCGGUUGUAAAGCAAUUUAUCGUAAACAUGAAGUAAUCUUUGGAGUAUGUAUGUUGUACUUUGCAAUGAUAAAACCAAAUCUGUCUUAUUCUUGUAGUAUAGAUAUAAAUAUGAACAUGUUUUAAAAAUAAUGGAAAAAAUAAAUCAGCGCAUUCA